AUGGACGCGCCCCGACGGUCCAUGGACUCUAAGGCGGCGGCGCCUAUCCGGGCCUCCUCGCCAUCGCCAUCUAUUCCAGCAACGCCAGCUAUCUCCUCAUAUUCCUCCCCAGACCGCACAUUUUCCUCCGAGUCCUCCCGCUCCACCUCCUCCGCCACCUCCGCAGAUGCCAGAUCGUCUGUGUCAACAUCCUCCCGCCGGCAUGGAUAUACCCGUGCAUUGGGUGCGGAGUUCUCGGACUCAGCCCGCCACCGCGACAGCGUCAUGAGUCUCGGCAGUAUCGCCCACCUACAAUACUAUUUUGCCCGAACAGGCUUACUGGACGGGAAGAGCGGGAGGGGCCGCGAGUGGGAAAAGGACAAGAGGAACAGGCAUAAUGUGCCACGAGUCCUGAUCACCCCCAAUCAACGACACAUGGAUGAUGACCUGGUCGCGAGCCCGUCAGAUAUGGCAGACCAGGCGGAGGAUGAAUUUGAGGACGAGGACGCAGAGGUGAUGCUGCCACCUACAGUCAGCACAUACAGCAUCAAAACGCACCACAUCCCCCCUCCGCCAGAUCUGAUUUUCUUGCGCCGGCAGCUUACGCUCGCGCUAGAUAAGGCAGAGACUAAUAUCGAGGCAAUUGAAAAUGGCGCGGAGCCUCCUCCCCGCCCAAUCAUCCGAUCGAGUCUUUCUCCAGGUGAUAUCACCGAGGCAAACGAGGAUGAUCAAACCGGGCAGGCCCCGACCCCAAUGAAUAAGGAAGAGGCGCAAGGCAUGUGCAUCCUGGACGAUGUUACAAACGCAAUUCGUGCAGCCAAGAUCUACUAUACCACGCACGAGAACCCAGAGCGCUUAGCAUCAAUAAAGAGCGAACGGGAGAUCCGCAAGGAACUUUUCGACGUUCUGGAAGUUCUGAAGCGGUGGGCUGCACGGCAUUUUGCCAGCGGUCUGCGCGAGGAGGAACGUGGACGGAUUCAGGGGUGGAUCGCGGCUGUGCGCACCAUGCUAGUCCGCGAGAAAACGCUGGAAGACCUCGAAGCCCAAGAGCGGCAGAACUGGGACUGGGCCGCUGGCGAUUGGAGAGGUCGUGAGCGCUCACGCGAGGAGUCCUUCCUACGCAGUCUGUUGCCUGGCGGUGACUCCUUGCCGACUUGGACACCGGUUGAGGAGACUCCCGGUGACUCCCUUCCCACCGCGUUUCUUGAUAGGUUCCGGGACGGCCGUGCCCUGGUUCAGUUACACAACCUUGCGAUCAAGAAGUCGAAACGCCAAUUCGGCGAGAUCACGGCUUACCACUUGGACAUUGCCAAGCCGUACCGGCAGACUGAGAAUCUUCAGUUCUGGGUAAAAGCUGCACAACUCCGGUGGGAGCUCCGGCUGGAUGUUGAUGUUAUGGGGGUUGUACAGAAUAGUGGCACUACCGCUUGGAAGCGGUUCGAUACUGCACUGCUGGCUUGGUGCAAAACUGUUCGUGAAGAACUGGUGCGCGAUUGGCAGGCGGCUAACCCUGGGCGACCUCCGAGUGCUGGGUUGAUUUGA